AUGAAAGCAGUAUCAAUCUGGUGGCUACUUAUUGUAGUCAAUAAAAUUAUCUAUCUUGCCAAUGCUUAUUGGCUUACAGGAAAUCUUUGUUGGUCAAUGCCAUGUUUAAAUGGGGGUUCAUGUUUUGGAUCAGCAUAUACUUAUCUUUGUAUAUGUCCAAUUAAUUAUACUGGAGCUUUAUGUGAAAAACGACUCGGUAUUUGUCAAGAAAAUCCAUGUGGUAAUCGAGGUUUAUGUAUUGAAAAAAAUUUAACAUCAUUUGAAUGUCGAUGUUAUUUUGAUUAUAUGGGUCCAACAUGUGAGGAACAUGUCUCAAAAACUGUUCCAAAUAUAUGGUCAUCACUUUUACCUGCACAUACAAGAAUUUUAUUUGAUAUGUUAAAAGAAGCAUAUCGUGCAAAACCAAAACAGAAAUCAUCCAUCAAUUCAGGAAAUGAUCACAUCGAUUUUAUUGGUUUAUUAAAUGCAAAUGAAUCAAUUCGUACUACUUCCAUACCAAUGACAUCAACAUCCAUCGAGCCUAAUUUAAUAACUCAUCAAAAUGAACUAACGUCAACAGAACAUGUUAUACAAGCUAAAAAUAUUCGACUUGAAAGAAUCUUUCCCAAUAUGAAUAUUGCAUCAACAGUAGAAAUGAAUACAUAUGAAUUUACUGAAGAAUCAUUUCCAUACGAUUAUUCAACAACAUUCUUAACAAAUUCUGAAAUAGAUAUAACAUCUACUCCUAUGAUUAUAGAUAAUAUGACAACAACAGAAAUUGAACAAAUUCAACCAACAUCUUUAAAUCCUAUUGAAGAUCAAGACUCUAUUAAUGUUACAGAACAAUUAGACACAAUCAUAACUUCAACAUCAAUGGAUUGGUUGAAUAAUAAUUAUAAUAUCAUCGAUGAUAUAACAACAGAAAAUUCAUUUGAACAAACAAAAAGUUUUACAGAAUUCAUUGAUAUAACUACAAUUGAACCAAUGGAUUAUACUUCUUCGAAUGCCGAUGUAACAAUUGAUGAUUAUGAUGCAUCCUAUACAUCAGAUCAAAUGAUUACUUCAUCUAUCAAUACAUCUGAACUACCAUCAUCUACACAAACAACUACGAUUAUUCCAACUACACAUAGUCAAUUUCUUUAUAAAUUAUGUCGACAAAUUUUAUCACAUCUUUUACCUAACACAUCAUCAUCAACUGUUACUGCAUCUACUUUACCAUUAACAUCACAUUCAUCAUCUAAAAGUGAUCAUACAACUGAUAAAUUUCUGUCUUGGAUAAGUAAAUAUCUCAGUUCAUCUAAAAGUACAAGUACAUCAUCAACUGUACCAUCAUUAUUUAUCAAUGAUAUUCGAACAUCAUCAAUUCCAUUACAACGGAUAGAUAUGGAUGAUGUACUUCAUCAUAUGAAUAAUAAUAAGAACAUUAAUAAUGAACAAUGA